UGUGUUUGCGAUUUAAUGUAUAUAGACAAUUUCCAGGUGGACGCGGAGGAGAAAGGUCGACGUACUUACGCAGAGUUGUGUGAGUUGAUUCCCCGAGCAUCCGGAGGUUUGAAGGCCGCCGGCGUGAGGCCCGGCGACGUCGUCCUCCUCGUCACAAAGAACCACGUCGACUACCCCCUCGCGAUGCUGGCCGUCCUUCACAGGGGAGCCACCUGUGCCCCCAUCAGCCCUACCCUUAAGCCAGAUGAACUUGCCCACGUUGCCAAAGUGAGCGAGGCAAGGUACGUUAUUGCCUGUGCAUCAGCGGUAAGAGCCGUGAAGGAGGCAUACUCCCGUUUGCCAAAAUGGACCCUCAAGGGGCUGUGGGUGCUCGGCUCCUCACCUAGUCUUGUCCCGUUUGAUCAGCUGCUGCAACAAGACCCAAUAGCCGCGUUUAGCAAGGCUGAUGGUUUGGACCCGGCCAUGUCGGUGGCGCUACUACUCUUCUCCUCUGGAACAACUGGACUUCCCAAAGGCGUGAUGCUUUCUCAUCGCACGCUCAUGGUGCCUCAUAUCCGUAGUGUGUACCAGAGUAGCCUCAGCCCAAAAUCUGCGAAUUCUGCUGCAGAGCUGUAUAAGUCUGUCAUGCUGCUGUUGCCAUUCUUCCACACGUACGGCCACGGAAUGGUUGUCACGACCUUGUUUCACGGGGGCUCGGUAGUCGUUCUACAGAAAUCUCACCAAAGAGCUUCUUUGAAACCAUCGAAAAGUUUAAGGUUUUUAGCUCAUAAAGAAAGUUGUGUAUUUAAAGAACGGCGUUAUACCAAAGGAGUUCCCCUUGUGGAAAUACCGUCCGUUCUGGGCCUUUGA